AUGAGGAACCCCCCUCAAAGUCUCGCCGUCGCAUUCUUGCUUGCGCGUCAUGCCGGCGACUCAAAAGUCGUUGCGAGUAUAAUGAUCACUUGUUCACUCGAAGAAGAAGGUCAGCGCGUGACAACGGCCGAAGUCACCAACGACAACAACAAAUCAGAGGAUCAUGACAGGCUGGCUAGAUUAGAGUCAUCGGUGACGGAAACGAAACAUUCGGUCGAAACAAUCUUGAGCUUCCUGCAAGAGCACUUCAAAGACCCAUCCGAGCUGCUCAGCCGCUCCUCCUCCGGCCAGAAUGCACACAAGCCAGCAAGAAACGAUCCCGAAUGUGCACCUCUGACAGGCGUACAGGACAACCUCAACAAGUCCGGCCCCAUUUUGAUGGUCAGACAAUAUCGCUCGAGCAUGCGUAGGCUGUACAAAGAAGCAGAUCGCGAUAUCAUUACACAGCAGAUCUUGCCGCAAGAAGUCACAGAGAGACUGCUCUCAAAUUUUAUGAGCCGCCUAGGCCAUAUCCUACAAAUCACGCAAGACGAAGACAUGACGACCGGGACUCCUGUUCGACAGAGCUCACCAUUGCUCUACGCCGUGUGCUGCCUCAAUGGCCUGCGCUUCUGCGACCAGCCCAAUUUGAUCAACACACGCCACCAUAGGCAGCUUUAUGAAGCAGUUAGAGACAUGCUUGGCCAGGUCGUUCUCGCUAGCCCUUUGCCGGUACCAGAGCUAUACGCUUUGCUCAUUAUGUCAACGUUCGAAGCUGCCCCAAGACCUGCAUUCGAGUACAUUGAAAGCUGGCUUCUGAGUGGAAUUUGUGCAAAGCAAGCUAUAUCAAGCAUAGAUUUUGCUCAAAUACUGGCCAAUCUGACAUUGGGAAGACACCAAAGCAAAGACAGGAAGUAUCUAUCCUUGUGGAACAACAUUUGCCUUAUCAACCUCAGAUUUGCUGUUGGAACGGGUAAACCGACUUCGAUUCCAUCAGAGUAUUUGCAACACUGUCAGGCAAUCCUGAACCAUCCCGAAGCUUCCACCGAAGAUAGGAUAACACUCGCAGAAAUACUACUCCUAUCUGUAUUGUGCCAAAAACCCAGAUCCUCGUUGCUGCUUGAUCGAGGCGGCAAAUCUCAAGACCUAGAGGCAUGGGAGCAGAAAUGGGCACAUCUACUGGAUUUGCCUAAUGCGACAUUCCUCCGGUUCUGUCGCGAAUUUGCAUAUCUCGUGUUGGCAAUGCACACACUCGAAAGACAUCGUGCCGCAAAUGCGCAAGAAGGCUUGGAAAAGCCUACCGGUGAAAGAACCGGUAUCAUUUCGAAUUCCGACACGGGCCAUCGGGAUAUGCUUCUGGACACUUUUCAGAGCUACAUACUGGACCACGCUCUUUCGAUGGCCCGUGUAUUUCUGAGCAUGUCGACGUCCUUUGUGGAAGAACUUCCAAAGUUUCAUUAUAUUUGCAUCGCUUACUGCGUGCUUGUCCUGGUGGAAUGCAGCGAACGUGUGCGCUCCGAGUUGCAGGAAGACAUCAUACAGGUCAUUGAUGAUGUCUACAAGCAUUUCUCUCGAGCUACAGAUGAGCUCCCCGCCGCCAUAAGCGUUGCUGUAGAGAAUGCCAGGCUUGGCCAAAAACAUAGCAGGUCCUCGAAACAGACCGAGCACCUUAUUCCAACAGGUUCUCUGGCGCCCUUCUCCACAGCAGACCUAGGUCCAGGCAACAUUUCUAAAGAAAGUCGAGAACAGUUUUCCGAUCAUCCAUUAGACGGACGAACUUGCCCCGGUUCCCAAAGUUCAACUUCUAUCCAUGGAACCCUCCACCGUUCAGAAAGCAACACAUAUCCGUAUCCCAACAUGGACGGGCUCGAUGAUAACCUGACAUUUCCUGCCCUUCCGGCUGUCGAAGAUUUCUUUGAAAGUUGGAUGAUGGAUGAGGGCAAUGAGUAUUCGGAGUACACCCUCCCUGACUGAGCGAUAUUUCGAUAGCGCUAACGUACCUCAACGCACGCAGCAGUCAGUUCGUGCCUGCUCAUUCGACGGAUCCGAAAGACUCUUCUGCUGGCCAAAACAUCCAUAUUCCGGCUAUACAAAACUUCAGACCGCUGGCAGCGAAAAAUAUUGCAGGGAUACCUCCUUGGCUUCUACUCAGCCGACCACCGCAGACAGCCCCUAGUAAAAAGGCGCCUACGGCAAAGAACCGUCGAUUCCGGGGCAGAUUCUUUUUGAAACGCUGCAGCAACUUUACGUCCGAGGCAAGCCCAAAAUAGACGCUAGUCAGCACCGUUGUUGGGAUUUCCUUAAAACCCAAUACGUCACUUGUCCAGACUUGUCCUCCAGCCUGAAAUCCAAGGAAGACCAGGGGAACAAGGACCAUCAUUGACUCGGAAUCCUCGUUAGCGCCUGGUACAGCCUUUGCCUGCACAAGUACGGCAGCAAUCCCCAGGCAGAGUCCUUGCACCAAGAAGGAUAUCGCCAGCAUUCCUCGACUCCUCGGUCUAUAAUGCCGGCUCGCGGAGAAAACGAAGCAGCCCGUAACGAAGGACAAGAUUGCUAUCAGUGAGCGGAGCCAGCCAUAAGGCUUCGAGGCCGGGAGUCCUGCUGCGGCGAGUCCAAGAAAAAUGGUGUUGCCUGCAAGCCAGUAUCAGCCUCGAAAUAUCUCUAGGAUGCUUUCUUUGGAGAACGGCCUAAUUUUGAGGGAAAAGACGAACCGGUCUGCAUGCACC